AGGCCAGCAGUUCGGCACCAUGGAACACCUGAAGUUACUCACAUUGACUUUCGUGAUCGCCUUCAAAAUCUGCAUUGCUUCUUCGGACGAAAUGCAAGAAAUCGUGGACGCACAAACAAAGUGCCAGAAGGAACACGGCAUAACAGACGAAACAUUUAUCGAAAUACGGAAUAGAGAAAUGAUCCUGGAGGACGAGUCCGAUGAAUCUAUGAAGUGCCUGAUACAGUGUAUGCUCGUGGGUCUUGGAAUGCUAAAGGACGGUCAGCUUGAUGUGAAUGCGGUGAUGAACAUCGCAAAGCCAUUACUGGAUAACAUCGAGCAACAAGGCAGGGAAGUGGAUGAAGAAAGUCUGAGGUCGGACAUCGCGAACUGUACGGAUACAAGCCAGAAAGGGGAAUGCACUGGCGGUUAUGAAAUGUGGAAAUGUCUUCACGGCAUAAUGUCAAACGUAAUGUUAUCUGCCCCGGAACCAAAGUAACCGCACAAACACACAGAGCCAGCUUCCAGAACAUGUAGACGCAGCGAAACCUGCAGGAAAUACGUAGAAGUGUACAUCUGCGGACCGAUGCUGAACGACCAGAAACUGACACAACGGCUUUUCGGCUGCUGUAAUACUGGAAUUUAUUGUUACCGAGUAUUGUGAAUUUCCAUUCCACUGUUAGUUCAUGUCAGUGAGCAGUAGCAAAUAAAGCACAAUAUUGAGACUCGGUG